AUGACAAAUAAUAAUAUUGCAUUGACAACAAAUUCUGAAACCCAAGGUCUAUUAAAUAGACUUGCAAAAUCUUUCCUAGAAGAAAUAGACCGUGGCAGUAGUUGGGAAAAAAUAGAACAGGAAAUAAAUGAAUAUUUAAAAUCAAAUAAAAUACACCCCAGAACUUUACUAGAUUUAUUAAGUAGCCAAUCGUAUAAACGACAAUUUAAAGUAUUAUUAGGAUUCUGUUUUGAGCGAGAAAUUGGCUAUGCCGAUAAACAGGCGGCUUUCGCUUCAUAUAAAACUGCAUCCUAUUUAGAUGCACAGAAUGAACUUGAAGAACUUUAUCAAAUUGUCAUGGCUCAUCUAAACCAAGAACUUGGUGUCUCACCAAUGUCAACAUCCUCGGAGGACGAUUCACCAAAAAUCAUCACACACACACCCCGUCGACGAAAAAACAAAAAGAAAAUGAGUUCACGAUGCUAG